GAGAGGUGGAAAGCAGCUCAGAAGCUCUCUGUGGGUGUGUGUGGGAUGUUGUGUCAGGGCUAAAGCCCAUCCCUCUCCCAUGAGCCUGUGUGCCCACACACACCUGGCGCCUUCACGCACCCACCCGGCGCCCACACACCGACAGCCGGCACCGACGCUGUGAACUGGACCCUCGGAGCCCAGCGGAGCCAAGCGGAGCGGAGUCUAGCCAGUUGGAGCCUGAGGAUGUCAACAGAGACAGAGCUCCAGCCAGCGGUCAGGCCCAGCAGCGUCAGACGGGACUCCAGAAGGAAAGGGCAGGAUCGCAGCGAGUCGACUCUCAUCAGGCGUUUUAAGGGCGAUGGCGUCCGCUACAAGGCCAAGCUCAUCGGCCUGGACGAGGUCACUGCCGCCCGUGGAGACAAACUCUGCCAGGACUCGAUGAUGAAGCUCAAGGGUAUAGCAGCAGGAGCGCGGUCUAAAGGAGACCACAAACAGAAGGUGUUUCUGACCAUCUCCUUUGGAGGGAUCAAGAUCUUUGAUGAGAAGUCAGGGGUCCUCCAGCAUCAUCAUGCGGUCCACGAGAUCUCCUACAUUGCCAAGGACAUCACGGACCACCGAGCCUUUGGCUACGUCUGCGGGAAGGAAGGGAACCACCGCUUCGUCGCUAUCAAGACCGCACAGUCGGCCGAGCCGGUGAUCCUGGACCUGCGGGACUUGUUCCAGCUCAUCUAUGAGAUUAAGCAGAGAGAGGAGAUGGAGAAGAAGGCACAGAAAGACAAGCAGUGUGAGCAGGCGGUCUACCAGACAAUACUGGAGGAGGAUCUGGAGGACCCGGUCUAUCAGUACAUUGUGUUUGAGGCGGGACACGAGCCCAUCCGUGACCAAUCAGAAGAGAGCAUUUAUCAGGUUCCCACCAGUCAGCAGAAGGAAGGGGUCUAUGACGUCCCAAAGCGACUCAGAAAUAUCAACCAAUUAGAGAUUUUUGGAGACAUGUCCACGCCUCCUGACAUCACUUCUCCAUCGACCCCCGCCUCUCCAGCCAACAUCCUGGACCCGUUGCAGGGUCUGCAGGGUCUGCAGCAUCCCGCGGAACUGUUUUCUCCCUUCAAUCCGUCUGUGCCCUCAGGUUAUGUGACAAUGGGAGCGGUUCCCCCUGGCCACUGGUCCCAGCAAGCGUUUGCUGCCCAGACGCCGCUGGCCUUCGGGGUCCAGUCUCCUCUGGGUGCCGUCGCCCAGGUGCUGCCAGGCGGCCAGCCUCUCAUCUGGGGCCAGGCCAACCUCUUCCCUGCCACCCAGCAGCAGUGGGCAGCCAUGGCAGCCGGAGCCUUCUCCCCCACAGCCUACCUCCCUGCCCAAUCUAUGGGCACUCUGCCUGCCGCCAUGUUCCAGACUCUCACCCCCGUCACGUCUUUGACUCCCGCCGGCGAGAGCCAUUUAGGGGCUGGAGCCGGCGCCUCAGCUUCGUCGAGUCCGCAGCACGGGGACAGGGCAAGGAUGAUGGGAAAGGAGAUGUUCAAGGACUUUCAGCUGGCAAAGCCCCCUGCCAUGCCCUUGAAGAAGGGGGAACAGCCCAACUUAGCAGCGACCUCAGAUGCAUUCAGCUCUUACUUCAGCCGUGUGGGCCAAGCCCAGGAUACGGAUGACUGUGACGAUUUUGACAUUUCUCAAAUGAAUCUGACACCAGUCACCUCCACAACACCAUCCACCAACUCACCACCCACCCCAGCUCCCAGGCAGAGCUCACCCUCGAAAUCCUCCGCCUCGCAUGUCAGUGACCCCCCCACUGACGCCACAGACCCUCCCACAGACGACUCAUUUGGGGAAGUAGAGGGCAGUCCAAGUCGCAGUGGAGAGGAAGAUGCUGCAUGUGGCUCUGGGUCGCCCUGCCCCAGUGAGACAGCAGAGCCGAGCCCAGACCAGGCCAGUCCAGAGGCUGGGAGCUAGAUAGCAGCAGGGCAGGGUAGGUAUCAGUCCCUCUCCUGCCCCCCAACUCCUCCUCUUCACCUCCAUGCCC